AUGCUGGAAGUAGAGAAGCAGAGACAGAGAGAGGGAGAAGCGGGCUCCAAGGCCCGAUUUCUGUCAUUUCCGCGGCUCCCUCCCUGCGCGCCUUUUCGGGAAGGGGCUUCACUCCAGAGGGCGCGCGCGCUUUGCUCUCCCGGCGCGGCUCGCCGAUUGGGGAAACGCGGGGUAGCGGCUGCGGAGGAAGGACCUGAGCGGGGAGGAAAACUACGGGAGCGUUCCGGCUCAAGGUCAUUCCGGGCGCCAGCAAGCCGGCGCUCGCCGCCCGAGGAAGGCUACCAUCUUCUCGGCCCCCCAACCCAGAGCCCGCCGAGAAAGGAAGAGGCUCUCUGGUGUAAGACAUGUCCAAGUGGAGCCUUCGGUGACUGUAAAGGAGCUUUCAAAAUCAUUGGGCCUCUGCUUGCAGUUGUUGGAUUAGUUUGUAUAAUUUUGGCACAAUCGAGAGCUAAAGAUUAUCUCAGAAAUGUGCAAUUGCAAGACGAUCAGGUAUAUGGAUUUGUUUUUUGUCGAGGAAAUUGUCAGUUUGCUCAAUUCCUUGUCUUUGGGUUUUUAUUUUUAACAAGUGGGAUGCUUAUUAGUGUCCUUGGCAUAUGGAUUCCUGGAUGCAGCCCAGGAUGGCGCUAUCAGCAGUUUAACCAUAGCAAUACAUCUAGUAUUGAACUCCAGGACUGUGGAUUUCAUUCUGUACAAACUAUGGGUCCUUUAAUCGUGCUUAUUGGAUUAUGUUUCUUUGUGAUAGCUCACAUUAAAAAGAAACAAAACUUAACCCUUAUCCAAGAAUCUUCUGUCAGUGAAGAAGAACAAUUAAACUCUGAAUCAUUUCAAGUUACAGUCGGUGAUACUGUAAUGGUUUUUCCUCCACCACCACCACCUUAUUUUUCUGAUUGUUCACUACAGACCGUAACUCCUAGCUUGGUAUCAAGUGAAUUUAUUUUAAAUGAAAAUCCUCCACCAUACCACAGUAUUUUUAUGAAUUGAGUAUUGAAUUGUGAAUAACAGGCCCACAAAGAGAAUGAGCUCUGCAGUAUCAGGAAACAGUUUGCCUUCUAAAAUGUAAUCAGUUCACUGUCAUUCCUCUGAGUCAUCUCAGAAUUACAAGGCAAAAGAAGCAGCUGUAAAUAAUGAAUGUGUCUUGUCUUCCUCUCCCUUCCAUACUUAGCUAAUCCAUUACCAUCUGCUUAUCACCAACUGAAAGAAAUAUUCAGAGCGAAGCAGAAAGACAGGGGAAGGAGUAGGUAUAAAUGAAGACAAGAAAAGAAAAAACCACAGGAAUUCCAGAUAAAAAUAAUCUGAAAGGAGAAUGAAAAAGGCUAUACCUGCCUUUCCUCAGAACGCAUUAAAGAGAACAAUAAGUUGUACAUCAGGAAUGUACAACCUUUUCAAGUCAAAGGCUUCCUUUAGGCAUAUAGAAUAUGUUGGGGGCUUUACAAAGAAAGUGGCUGGAAUAUGCAUGGGGGAAAUGGGCUUGUCCAGGAACAAGUGGCUACCUUUAUUUCCUACAAGGCAAAGGAAAUAUUAGUGAUUUGUUAUCCAUUUCACCUGUAAAAUAGGUUGAUUUUUGGUAAUAUACUUUGAUUGCCAUCCUGCCCAUUUCCACAACAAGUGUAUAUCUGUUAACUUACACAUCCAUUUUUCUUAUUGUUCCUAUAGCAGGGAUAGUACCAGCAGCAGCAGCUCAAUUUCUUGGAGGCUGCCUGACCUUGACUAAGAAGUCCAGAGGAAAUGCUGAAGGAUGCUUUGGCAUCCCGAGUUAGAAGGAACCAGGAAGUUGGCUGGAAGCAUUGCCUGAAAUAGAAAGCCAGAAUGGGGGGGGGAGGGGUGCGGGGGGAGUGGUCAGCACAGUAGUUUUACAAGCUUAUUGCUUGCUGUUAGAAUCCAGCAGUUCAUCAGUGUUAGAAAGGUCAGGGGAGGCAAGUGUAAAGCUGUGCAGAUGUUUUGGAAAUUUCAUUUGCUGAGUGAGCAAACAAGGACUUGCUGAGGGAGCAAACAAGUGACUUGGAAGCUGCCAUAAAAGUCACCUGACUGCUCAAUAAGCAGCCAAGUAAAGGGAAAGAGGCAUUACUCCGUGGAAAGUAAGGAAGAAGAGGGGUGCAGCGGUAGCAGCAGUGGAAAGGUGUUAUGGUGAUGCUGCUUGAAGAAAUUGGUACUUGAUAGGCUUGGCUGCAAUAGAGGAUUAGGAAAUGGGUGAGGGAACAGGUACAUUUUGUGGUCUCUUGGUUUACUGUGCUAUGCUUCAAAGGUUUGGCUCUCAGCAAGGAGAGGGCACAGAAAAAGGACAGCAAAGAAGUAUGAAGCACUUGACAAUCCUUUGACAUGAAGUGUUGACAGUGCUGGGAUAUGCUAGUGCCACUGUCAACAUCCAACAACAACCCUUGGUGGCUCUGAAAGCCUUACUCAGGGUGGAUAGCACACUGCCCAUAAACCACAGACCACACACCUUCAUUUUAGAGGCCAAACCAUAGAGGAAGCUGUGGCAGAAGCCAAGAUGGAAUGCCUAUAACUGGUGAACUACUACUUCCAAAGAGGUAUUCAAGUAGGGAACCAUCGUAAACACCCCUGCAUGAGGUUUAAAUACCUAGAGAAAACCACUAUCUGGACAAGUGUUAGGAUCAACAUAGACUGGAAGAAAUAAUUCUGAAGAUCUUAUAUGACUUUUUCCUCUUUUUCCCCUUCUGUAAAGGCCCAGGAGACUUAAGAUAUUGAAGGUGUCUGGGUAGAUGCUCAUGUUCCAAUACUGUGUGACGUUUUAAUUUAUUAAA